ACUUGCGUCCUCCAUUUGUAUACAAAUUUUCAUGACUAAAUAAAUAACACUUUUCAAACGUAUAUGCCGUGUUUUAUUAUCCAAAAGGUGUGUUAGAAUAGAAGAGUUGGCUCCAUGACAAGUACAUAAUGUGAACAAGGAACUCGAAACGAAUUCAUCCGACAUUGCCAUUAUACGGGUGAAUUCACCUCGGACAUUUAAAUGUACUAAGCAGGAAGUACCAGUGGUUUUCAUUUGUUGUGAUAAAAUGAUGUCCAUUUUUCGAACGCAAGUGUGUGUAUUGUUCUUGGUGUCACGUGGUAUUGAGCACGUCCAGCUGCAAUCUAAUAGUGAUCUUAUUGAUGCAUUUGACUGCCUGGGAACUGUCAUUAAUACGUACAAAAAGCUUUCAAUGGAGUGUAGUAAUAAUAUAGAUGCAUCUUGUUCUCACGGGGAAAUCAUCUGCGUCCGGACAGCACGAAGCUGUAAUUCACGGUGGUCAAAACCAGUAAAGGUCUCUGUGUCCCUGACAAUACUGUCAUCUAAUUUCAUGAACGACUCUAAAUUGAUGCCAAGGUGGUGCAAGUGUGGGGAAUUAUUUUUCAACUGUUCCAUUGAAAGCGAAUUCCUUAUCAAGAAUCUAGUACAUGAAGACACAUGUUCUACGAGCACCUCCAUUUCAACUACAACUUCGACGACCCAAGAAAUCACGAGCAGUGUUGUGUCAGCCACUUCCGGUCCUGGGAAUUUAACAAACUCAACAUUUAUUUCUACACCAAAUCCAGAUUUUUUGAAAGAUUCAAAUCCUGUGGAAACGGUGACGUCCUACGGGGCAAUUAUCGGUGCAUUGAUAGGGGGCGUCGUGCUCGGGGCUGUCUUAAUGUUUCUUACCUCCCUCAUCCUAAGGAGAAAAUCCAAGCCGUCGAAUAGCAGGCAAAACAAAAAAAAUCUUAAGACGGUAAGACAUAAUCCAGCGUAUGAAUGCAGCAAGGGCAUCCCUGAGAAGACCACAAACCCCAGCGGGGAUAUAUACACACAAAUCAUGGACCAAAACCAGUGUCAAAACAUUUCAGCCGUGAAACCUUCAGUUUCAUACGAAAACACCCCUGUUGCAGUAAAGGAUAUAGACACAAUCUACAAUCAUCUUCAUGAAUCAAAGGACAUCGAUAGAACAGACUAUUACGAUCAUGCGCAGAUGAUACCAUCUGUACCUCCCCCCACAGAAGAAUACCAAACCAUACAAACAUCAAGCUGUUCUAACGCAUACACAGAGGUAGUGGGAGAGGGGCUCCGAAAAUCUGCUAAUCAUAGUGAUCCAAUCCAAGACGAAUACUUCAUUUUGAACAAAUGCUGAAUACCGACUUCUUGAUAUUGAAACUUUUCACCGAAAUUGAUAUUUGCAAAUUUCGUUGAGUAAAAUGAAUUGUAAAACUUC